AUGCGUCUCUCAAACCUCACCUUCUUCACCCUCACCACCCUCUCUCUCGCGUCUCCCCUUCAGUCCCGCCAAAUCCCAGAAUCCUCCAUCGAAUCCCUCCUAACCACCCUCUAUGCAACCGUCCAAACCUACACCGGCGCAAUAAACGCCACCCUCGCCCCCCUAACCCCAUCCUCCCCACUCCUCGAAAAAACAGCAGCAAUCCCGCAAAUCGGCGCUCAAAUCAGUAAAAUCACACAAGCUAUCCAGGCCACUGCGUCUGAAAUACGU